AUGCCAAGCACUCGGGCGGGGCGCGCCAUCAUGAACCCGCAUGAUCUACCGCCCCCGCAUUGCAUUAAAGGACCCCGGGCCAUUCACAUUUCCGCGCAACGCUUCCAAGUACAACCCCCCAAAUCAGGAAUGUCGACCCGCUCGCAUCAAGGCUGCUGGACGUGUAAACGACGGCGACGUCGCUGCGACAACGCCCGCCCUUCGUGCCAAAAUUGUGCCGAGCGCGGGACCUUUUGCGAGGGCUACGAGGUUCGGCUAAGAUGGGGUGCGGGGAUUGCGUCGCGCGGUCACUUUGCUGGUGCCGAUAAACCGGUUAAUAACUCUGUGUCGUCCAGGCCGAGGGGGAGACAGAGGGAUCUUAGUAGAGAGAGAAGAAGGCGGGUUGAACAGAAAGCGGAUUCUGGUUAG